AUGAGUGAUCAGAAGUCAUCGGAGGACAAGAAAAUGGAUACCUUCUUGGAUGAUGCGCAUAAGAAAAGUGUUAGCAAUGGGAUAAGGCAACGUAAUAGGGAGAAGAAGCUACUGCAUGAAUCGAAGUCAUCAGAUAGUACAGAAACCGUCAUGCCAUCUACUUCACUGAUGUCGCUAGAAGAAUCAAUUUCUGGAGAGCGGGGACUGGAUAAAAGUGUGGAUGAAAUUAUGAUCAAAGAAAAGGUGGGUAUGAAAAAGGCCAAAGGACAGAUUUACAAUUUUAUUCUUGCACACAAUCCUGGUACCAAACGAAAUACUUUACAUCAACGCAUCAGUAGAGCCAGGAAGAUUUAUGAAUUUAUCGAAAAAAUAGGAAUCGAUAAAAUCAAGUAUAUCAAAACAUAUAGCGUGAAUUCUAUUGCAGAAUUAUCCGAUAAUAAAAUUCAAGCUAUUAUUGAUUACUUCUCUAAGAAUCUCAACACUGAAUUACCGGAUGAACAGGAUGACUCUAUCAUAAAUUCCGAAGAGGAGGUUUCUGAUGAUCAGACUAAUGCAUCGGAAGCAGUUUCAGCUGAAGUAAACAUAUCAACCGCACCUAUUCCUUUAACAAUAAUCUUUAAUUCUUCAGAUGAUUCCUCAGAAUUCGGUCCAGUCAAUUCGCCCAAAGCUGAGGACGAUUAUGAUAAAAUGAUCAUGGAAGCUUUCGAGGGGAAAGAGGCUAGUCAUUCUGUAUCUACCUCCUGCAAUUAG